AUGAAGCUUCUUUUCUUGUUGGGUUUCUUUAUUUUUCUUGAAGCUAAGCUUCAAACUAUCACUAUAAUUGGCAGUUUUUACUGUGAAGUGGAGAAGGAUGGUCCAACCGGUUAUUACGAUUCUGAUUUGAGGGUUUCAGUUGUCGAUCAUGAUUAUCUCAGCAAAGAUGACGUGCUUGCUGAAGGCUAUUUCAAGGAUGGAACCGUCGAAUUGUCCGGUUCAACUGAUGAGCGUUUCGAGAUUGUGCCAAAGAUGUGGGUCGAUCACCGCUGUGGAUGGAAUCGAACCGAGCCGGAAGAAUGUUACACGAGAACGGAGUUUUUCAUUGGAAACGAAUGGAUUGAUAAAAUUUAUUACUUCCGUGUGUUUCUGGAUAUCCCGCUUUCGGAUCCGGAUAAUAUGAUAAGAAAAGAGACAAGAAGAUGCAAUGGUCGGCGUCGAAGCAAACUUCAACCCCAACAAAUUGAUUCUCAGACUUCUGAG